AAGCAAUAAUAUGGGUUCAAGUUUUCUACUCAAAAUCUUCAACUGUUGGGACUUCCUCCAGUUGGAACAUCCUCCCAAGCCGCCGUUAUCUCCCCGGCCAACUCACAAGGCGCCGGUUUAUUUCCCCAGCGAACACGUCGACGGCGUGCUUUCCUUCCUUCCCGUCAAAUCAGUGAUUCGAUUCAGAUGUGUAAGCAAGACAUUGAAUUCUCUCAUCUCUGAUCCCUCCUUUGUCAAAUUGCAUCUUAACCGAUCUGCACAAAAUGAAUAUACCUCAAACUUGUAUACAUCUGGGAAAGGAAUACCAUCUCCUCCUUCGCAUUUUUCUCGUAGGAGAGAAAGCAUUCCAAUCACUUACAAAUUCCCAGAAGAUCCUUCCUAUAAACUUAAGGACACGGACUAUAUAGUUGGUUUUUGCAAUGGUUUACUCUGCUUGUACGGUCAUUGUUUGAACCAUGACGAUACAAUUUCAGAGACGUGGCUCCGUAUUUGGAACCCCGCCACGAGGACAAUAUCAGAAAAACUAUCACGUAGUGGCAAAGUCUAUUCACCUACUAAUUUGAAGUUUGGCUAUGAUAAUUCAACCAACACUUAUAAGGUGUUGUAUUUCUGUCCCGGUAAAAAAAAGGUAAGAGUUCUUACUUUGGGUAAUAAUGUUUGGAGAAAAAUUCAAAAUUUUCCGGUGAACCAUGAUUUCUCCUUGGAUCUUGUGGAUAUGAGGGGUCGUGUUGUUUGGUUGGCAAUUCACAAUCACUUCUUAUCUAUUUAUGAUUGUAAGAGUAUUACUAUUGAGCAAUUUGUGAUUAUUUCACUUGAUUUGAGCACGGAGACACAUAUUCAGUUGCGGCCUCCUUGUGGUUUAAAUGAAGUGCCAAUUGUUGUACCAAAACUAAGUGUAUUAAACGAUUGCCUUUGUUUUGCUCAUGAUUUCAAACAAACUCAUUUUGUAUUAUGGCAAAUGAAAGAAUUUGGAGUUGAAGAAUCUUGGAGUCAAUUCUUUAAAAUUUGUUAUCAAGAUAUUUUGGAAGAUUAUGACUUUAAUAAUGAGUCCAACUUUCGUCUGUCGCCAUUAUACUAUUCGGAGAAGGAUGAUGCACUAUUUUUGAUGAACUAUCAUAAACAACAAGCAAUCAUAUAUAGCAGAAGAUAUAACAGAGUAGAGAGUAAGAAAAGACUUUGGUUGUUGGAUCGCCCUUAUGUUGAAAGCUUGGUUUGGUAUUGUUGAAAGUUGUUGCAGCGGACUUAAAAGUGACAGC